AAAUGACUUCAUGUGGCUUAAAAUUAUUAACAAGGCUAGGCUUCCCCGUCCGUAUCAUAUAGAAGCAGUAUAAAAUGUAGCAGGGGAAAGAGGGGAAGCAUUAGAAAAGGAAACCCUAAUCACAAAAAUGCGUCGUGAUCUCUUCGUCGCUACCAGAAAGGGCGAUCUCAAAGUCCUGCAAGAUAUAUAUGGACAGAACCAGCGGCAUGUGACCAGGGGGCUUACUUUUGAAGGAAAUAGUGCUCUGCACAUCGCUGCAAGAGAAGGGCAUCUGGAUGUUGUUAAAUGGCUAGUUAGUGUGAAGCCCUGCUUGGCUGCAGCUCGUAAUUCUGAUAAGAAUACGGCGCUGCAUGAAGCUGCUAAGAAGGGUAAGCCUGAGGUUGUGAAAACUCUGCUUAAGUUUAACAAGUAUGCUGUGUACAGGCGCAAUCAGUUUGGAGAGACUGCCCUGAUAAUAGCUUCAGAGCACGGUCAUGUGGAAGCAGCGGAGCUUUUGCUAGAAGCCACGCCAUUGUUUCUGGUUUUCUGGCCAAGGGAGGACCGUCAGACAUGCCUCAACACUGCAGCUUAUGCAGGACAUCUAGAUGUAGUAAAGCUAAUACUCGGUGAGUCUAGAUUCUGCUUAGAUAUCAUGCCUUUCAUGCUGCUGAUAGGGGAUGAAAAGGGUGUCACCCCAUUGCAUGCAGCUGUUCAUGGUGGACAUAAGGAGAUUGUCAAAGAGAUAUUAAGACCUGAGUUGAAUGAUUGGCAUAAGAGCUUAAUGACAAAGAAGGAUAAAUUUGGACGGUGUGCAAUCCACAUAGCAGCCAUGAAGGGCCAUGGAGAUAUUAUAGAUGUAUUCAUGACAUCAAUGCCAGAUUGUGUUGAGAUACGAAGCACCUGCCUUAAAACUGUUGUGCACUUUGCUGUGGAAUAUGACCAACUAUUUGUGUUCAAGAAGUUACUAUUUGAAAAUGAGGGCGAAACUAACGCCAAACUGGUGAGCUAUGACUAUGACAUUUGGGGCAAUACAGCCUUGCAUUUGGCCGCCAUGAAUGGAGUGGAUCCCCUGCUUGUAGACUACUUGUUGUCAUUUCCUGGAGUAAAAGCAGAUCUUGUCAACAAUAAAGGUUUAAGCCCAUUGGACAUAGCAUUACAUGCAGUAUCUCAAGAUAAGCCAAACUUUGGUAAUAUUGUUCAACGUUUGAAAGAUCAUGGUGCUACACAAAGUUUAGUCUGCCAUUGUAGAUCUGAAUCACCUCCUUGGAAGUCACAACAAACAACUAAUAAAACUGGCAUUGAGAGCAAAAUAUUGGAUGUAGACACACUUGUGGCAUCACUCAUUGCCACAGUGACAUUUGCAGCUGUAUUCCAAAUACCUGGUGGAACUGAUAAGGAAAGUGGUCUUGCCAGUAUGUCAUUAGAAACAGUUUUUCAUGUAUUCUUAUUCUCAGAUUGUCUUGCCUUCUUUGCAUCCAUGACAGUAGUGAUUGCUUGGAUUUUUCGAGAAAGACUGCAGACAAAACUUGUUGCAGAUCGGUCAGCACUAGCCAAAUUAUCAAUGGUAAGCUUGGGGAUAGCAAUGGUCUCUACAUGUCUUGCAUUCUUAAGUGCCACCAUCCUAGUCACAAUACCUCGUAAACUUGAUUCAUUGCAGAACAAGCACCGUAAGAAGGAAUAUGAAACGAUAUUUACAGGUGAGAUUGUGAUAACAUUUUUGGCACCAUUACUUGCACUUGUGUUCUUAUCAUUGUCAUGGCUAUUUAAAUAUAACUUUCGUGCAACAAAUGAGAGACAAGCAAGACUCAAGUGGGAACUUAAACGGGUCGUCAUUUCUACACUCCCUGUGACUACAAUUGUACUUGUUAUCAUUUUUGUUUAUAUCACUAUAUGAUCAAAUGCUUUCUAUAUAGAAGAAGCAUGCACAAUAGCAUAAUCUUUGAUUUUUUAACAAUACUUUGUUCCACUUUCUGUUAUUUUGGAUUAUAUGAAGCGAAAUCCUUUCAAGGU